AUGACUACCACCACCACAACAAGAACGAACAUGGCUGUCAACGAACGCUAUUUCGGUCACGCUACUGAUUAUUUUCUGGAUAACUUGAAAUUCGCUGAUAAAAAUCUCCGAAUUCGCGGCCGAUGGAUCACCCACCACAGCGAACGAUUUGCCUCAACCCUUCUUGCCGCGUCAGCAGAAGGAAUCGAAUGGGCACGCAAGAAAGAAAAGAGGCUAACCAGCGAGUGUCUAAAGAGGACCGCCACACACAAGAGAAAGUUAGAAGAAGCCUUCAGAGACGAGGCUCGAUAUUUUGACUUGAUUAUCGAGUUAAAGCAGAUCCUUCGAGAGCAUUACCUACUAAAAUAUCUCGGCUGCCGCCGAAAAGAUCUCACAGCCACCUUCCAAAAAUACGGUGCUGUUGAGAAAGUCAGCGAGUUCUUCCGAUGCGAGCACUUGCGUCGCAAAGGCAUGACCUGGGGAGAAAUGAUUCAGGCUAUAGAUGAGGAAGAGCGCCAGCUCUGGACGUGGCAGACAUCGCACAGUCUUCAGGAUAUUACGCGUUAUGGCGAAAACAUUCUCCGACCAAAGCCAGCAGCACCAGUCACAGAGAUUGCGAAAGGAAUUGCCGAUCUAUGUGGCGAGCUAGACGGAUUCGAUGGCGCAACUGCCUUUGAGUCAUUAGUCUCCAUCGUCCGAGAGAAUACAGGAAAGUCUGAUCGGGACUUCAAUGAAUACACGGCACUCCACUGGACCGCAUCCUGGGGAGAGUUAGCCAAGCGACUCCGCAAUGACAGCGCUCUAUUAGAUCGGAGAUUUGCCGGAAAUCACAACGAGGCAUUGAGAGACCUACUUGAAACAAAGAUCGACGAGAUGAAUUGCCGCCUUUUCAAGAAGAACCUUGUAAGCAUUAGGAUAGGCAUCAACUUGGUGGAGCCGACACGAGAGGCAUGUGAAGAAGCCAUCUUUUAUAAAGCUGGUAUAGAGAGGUUAGGCCAGAAUUGGCAGUGA